AAGUCAGUGCCCUCCUCCUUUCUCCUGGUCCUGGGAGGAGAGGAUGUUGAUGCUGACAGGGAUGAAGCAUGUGGGACCAGAGGGGAGCCUGCAUGAUGCCCUUGGUUCAGAUUAUCAAGAGCGGAGAAGAAUGGGGUACUUACAGCGGGUAGUUACGUAACAGCAGCUGGGAAACGGCUUCACGGGAUUACGUGCUAAUUAAAAAAGAAGAAGGCAAGUGGCAAGUUUGAAAACACAGCGUGAUACUGAUGAAAAUAACGUCCGAGUCCUCCCUCCGCCGAGCGAUGUAGUUCGUUGCAAACAAAGUUGUUGCUAAGCGACAGCGAAGGUUUUUACGGGGUUCCGGGUUCGCGCAUUGAUAUUUAAAUAUUUAAGGUGUGCGAUAAAUUAACAAAGGCUUCGAACGCGCGGCAGCCAAUCAGCGUUAAGCACCGGCACUAAUUUUCCUCAAACCUUUAAAAAGAUCGAGCUUUCAGUUAGCUAAGUUGUUGUAGCAGGAAGCUAGCUCGUCAGAAUUCAUGUUUUUUUAACCGGACAGCGGAUUUAUUCGAAGGGACUGAAGCGUUAAGGUAACUCCGAGGCCACCUGACUUCCCUCCCCCAUUUCUCUAACUGCCACUUUCCGAUAAUGACGGCGCUUUGGCGGAGACUCGUUGUUGGGAAACAUCCUCUGUGGCACAGGCAAAGCUGUGAGGGCAGUUUGUGGACUUUAUCCAAACCAAAAGCCUCGUUUACUAUGAUGGGACCUCGGUGAGAAACGGGAACACAAGCCAGCCCCCCCACAAGAGGCAGUCAUGAGUCCUCCACGCAGAUCAUCGAGUUCCCAUGGUGACAGGCCCUCCACCGACACCCUGCAGAAGAACAACAGCAGUAACUCGGGCGUUAUUCUGGACAUCUCUGCUCUCAAGAUGGCUGAAGUGGAUACAGAGGUGCCUCCUCUUCCACCCCGCUACCGCUUCAGGGACUUGCUGCUAGGGGACCAGACAUUUCAGAAUGAUGACAGGUAUCAGGAGGAGUACAGUAUGGACUCAACCAAUGCCCAGGUGCAGGUAGAGUUCUAUGUGAAUGAAAACACCUUCAAGGAGAGGCUGAAGCUUUUCUUCAUCAAAAACCAAAGGUCAAGCCUGAGAAUCCGCUUGUUCAACUUCUCACUGAAGAUUCUCACCUGUGUCCUCUACAUAGUGCGAGUCAGCCUGGAUAACCCCAAUUGUGCCGUAUGUUGGAACAGCAGUUCGAUAAAUACAGAAGUGGCAGAAACCAACUGUGCAUGUCGGAACAGCAGUUUAAAUAGUACAGAGACAGCAGGAAUCGACUGGGACUUGAUUUUUUGGGUGACCAGACGGACUCCUGUAUGGGCGAUACAGGUGACAGUGGCCUUAAUCAGUUUCUUGGAGACUAUGCUUAUCACAUAUCUCAGCUACAAGGGGAACAUUUGGGAGCAGAUCUUCCAGAUAUCCUUCAUAUUGGAGAUGAUCAAUACAGUGCCAUUUAUAAUCACAAUCUUCUGGCAUCCGUUAAGAAACAUAUUCGUCCCUGUGUUUCUUAACUGCUGGCUAGCCAAAGGUGCCCUGGAGAACAUGAUUAAUGAUUUCCAUCGUGCCAUCCAGAGGACCCACUCUGCUAUGUUCAACCAGGUGUUCAUCCUCAUCUGCACCUUACUCUGUCUGGUUUUCACUGGAGCUUGUGGGAUUCAGCAUCUAGAGAGAGCCGGGAAGCACCUGACCUUGUUUGACUCCUUCUAUUUCUGCAUCGUCACCUUCUCCACUGUGGGCUACGGAGAUGUCACGCCUCGGAUCUGGCCCUCCCAGCUGCUGGUGGUCAUCCUCAUCUGCGUCGCCCUCGUGGUCCUCCCGCUGCAGUUUGAAGAACUGGCGUACCUGUGGAUGGAGAGCCAGAAGCUGGGGGGGAACUACAGCCGCCACCGGGCCCAGACAGAGAAACAUGUGGUGUUGUGCGUCAGCUCGCUCAAGAUAGACCUGCUGAUGGAUUUCCUCAAUGAGUUCUACGCUCAUCCCAGACUGCAGGACUACUACGUCGUGAUCCUGUGUCCAACAGAAAUAGAUAUUCAGGUCCGUCGUAUCCUCCAGAUCCCUCUGUGGUCCCAGAGAGUCAUCUACCUGCAAGGAUCUGCCCUCAAAGACCAGGACCUGAUGAGGGCCAAGAUGGACGACGCCGAGGCCUGUUUCAUCCUGAGCAGCAGGAAUGAAGUCGACCGGACCGCCGCUGAUCACCAGACUAUUCUGAGGGCUUGGGCUGCAAAGGACUUUGCUCCAAACUGUCCCCUCUACGUCCAGAUUCUCAAACCAGAAAAUAAAUUUCAUGUUAAGUUUGCCGAUCAUGUUGUGUGUGAAGAGGAGUUCAAGUAUGCCAUGUUGGCACUCAACUGUGUGUGUCCGGCCACGUCCACAUUAGUCACUCUCUUGGUUCACACCUCCAGAGGACAGGAGGGGCAGCUGUCGCCGGAGCAGUGGCAGAGGAUGUAUGGACGCUGCUCUGGAAACGAGGUCUACCACAUCCGCCUGUGUGACAGCAAGUUCUUUGGAGAGUAUGACGGAAAGAGCUUCACCUAUGCCUCCUUCCACGCCCACAAGAAGUAUGGCGUCUGUUUGAUCGGCGUGAAGAGAGAAGACAACAAGAGCAUCCUCCUGAACCCCGGACCUCGCCACAUCAUGGCCGCCACCGACACCUGCUACUACAUCAACAUCACCAAGGAGGAGAACUCGGCCUUCAUCUUCAAGCAGGAGGAGAAGCACAGCAAGGGCCUUCCGGUCGCCGGCCUCUACGACGCCCCCUCCAGGCUGCCCGUGCACAGCAUCAUCGCCAGCAUGGGAACCGUAGCCAUAGACCUCCAGCACCCCGAUCCUCCCGAGGAAAGCAGCAAACUGACCCUACCGACGGAGAACGGCGCCGGAAGCCGGAGGCCGAGCAUCGCACCCGUCCUGGAAAUCGCCGACUCCUCCGCCAUCCUGCCCUGCGACCUCCUCAGCGACCAGUCGGAGGACGAGACCAACCAGUCGGACGAGGAAGGCUCCGUCGGGUCAGAUUUCGUGAAGGGCUACCCUCCCAACUCGCCCUACAUCGGCAGCUCUCCAACUCUGUGUCACCUCCUGCCACAGAAAGCUCCGUUCUGCUGCCUCCGCCUCGACAAGGGCUGCACACAUAACAGCUUCGAGGAUGCGAAGGCGUACGGCUUCAAGAAUAAGCUGAUUAUAGUGUCGGCGGAGACGGCGGGAAAUGGUCUGUACAACUUCAUCGUCCCUCUGCGAGCUUAUUAUCGACCCAGAAAGGAACUCAACCCCAUAGUGCUGCUACUGGACUACCCCCCCGACAACCACUUCUUAGAGGCCAUUUGCUGCUUUCCAAUGGUUUACUUCAUGGCUGGCACCAUCGAUAACUUGGACAACCUGCUCCAGUGUGGUAUCAUCUACGCCGACAACUUGGUGGUUGUGGACAAGGAGAGCACCAUGAGCGCCGAGGAAGACUACAUGGCCGACGCUAAGACCAUCGUCAACGUCCAGACAAUGUUCAGGUUGUUCCCGAGCCUCAGCAUCAUCACUGAGCUCACACAUCCAUCCAACAUGAGGUUCAUGCAGUUCAGGGCCAAGGACUGCUACUCACUCGCUCUCUCCAAACUGGAGAAGAUAGAGCGUGAUAAGGGCUCCAACCUGGCCUUCAUGUUCCGUCUGCCGUUCGCUGCAGGCAGGGUGUUCAGUAUCAGCAUGCUGGAUACGCUCCUCUACCAGUCGUUCGUUAAGGACUACAUGAUCGCUAUUGCGAGGCUUCUCCUGGGUCUGGACACGACGCCUGGAUCCGGCUACCUGUGUGCCAUGAAGAUCACAGAGGAGGAUCUGUGGAUCAGAACUUAUGGCAGACUCUUCCAGAAACUCUGUUCCUCCAGUGCUGAGAUCCCCAUCGGGAUUUAUCGCACCGAGUCACACAUGUUCUCAACCUCAGAGGGAAAGGACAGUUACGCACAGUCUCAGGUGUCCAUCAACGUGGAGCAGGGCGAGGAGCAUCACCGCGACCGAGGAGAGUCCUGGAAGGAGAAGACGGCCCACAGGAACUCCACCACAAGCGACCAGUCGGAACACCCGCUGCUGAGGAAGAAGAGCAUGCAGUGGGCGCGGAGGCUGAGCAGGAAGAGCAAGCCGUCGAGCAGGGCCGAGAGAAUCUCACAGCAGAGACUCAGUUUGUACCGUCGCUCCGAGCGGCAGGAGCUGUCCGAGCUGGUCAAGAACCGCAUGAAGCACCUGGGCCUGCCCACCGUGGGAUACGAGGAUGUUUCUAAUCUCACUGCGAGCGAUGUCAUGAAUCGAGUAAAUCUAGGAUAUUUGCAAGAGUUGCAGGACAUUUCAGAGCACCCGUAUACAGAGGGGACCAGGCCGUCAGGGCCACAAGCAGACGAGAUGAACGACCACCAGAACACGCUGUCCUACGUCCUCAUCAACCCUCCUCCUGACACCAUGCUGGAGCUCAACGACAUCGUGUACAUUAUCCGGUCCGACCCGCUGGCUCAUGUGCCGGAGGACUCCCAGGUGGGUCAGGCUCGCAGCGGCAGACACCAACAGGACUUUGGCACAGAGACGAGAGACGAGACUCACCUCUGAAACCCCCACCGAGUCCUCGACACCCUGGCCCUUAACCUCUGAGCCCCGCCGGGCCGACAGUUCUGGUUCCGCAGAAGAGGGACUUGAGAACAGCUGUCCAUAGUGAAUGUGCAUUACGUAUCUUUCUGAAAAGACGGCGCCCAGAGACCUACUGUUUCCCACCGAGCUGCUACAGGAGGAUGCAUGAUGAGUGCCUCGACCCCAACUACCGCAACACACCUCGCAAAAACCGACCCCAACCCAAGAACCAGGCCCUCAAUCCUCCCAACCGAAGGACCGAGAGACGAUGCGACGUCGUGAGGGGUCUCCGAACAGUUGAAGGAGGGUUUCUGUGCACAUACAGGAAAUGAAAUCAUCGCUUCACUGCCCACGUUUCACCCCAGGGUGAAGCUGCCCUUGUGCCAUGACCCAGGCCCAAAUUCUCUGCGCCGGUUUCUACAUAAAAAACUUUAACUCGGGGCAGCUCCACCCUCCUCCACCUCCCAACAAUCGUGUUUUCUAAAGACGAGGAUAAAUGCGUUGAAUUUCUACCUUAUCAAGCAUUUACCGUGAAGUUACAAAAACGUGCACUUUUCUUAAUUUAUUACCUUAAUUUAUUCUUUCAGACUUUUAUCUGACGGGAUUUUUCCUUUUUUCUUUACGAGCACAAACUUUUUUACGGCAAACAGCCAUCGUAUGUGAAUAUACGCGCCGUAGUGGCACCUUGAUCAGCCAUGUUAGCAUUUCUUUCUCUGUUUUGGAACUUUGGUUGUGAUUAUUAUUGGAAAAAGUGAAUAUUGUUAAUUUAUACCACUACUAUAAGUGUCCCAAAUCAUGUCUACUCUACUGUACGUGCCAUUUUGUUUACUCUAUUACUUUGUAAAUACGGUUAAAUUAUUUGCACAUUACGUGCCACGCUGCAUAUAUUCUACUCUAUAUUUUGUGAAAUCAGUGUUCAUUAGUUUAGGACCUGACCGAAACGUCUUCAGAUGAAGCAAAGAAAUACCAAAAGAAAACCGUUAAAUGUAGGAUACAUCGGUAAAAAUGAUGAAUUAAGCUAUCAUUCAGAAGUUACUUUUGCUACAACACACUACUUCAUUUUAAUUCAUUUAUUUACAGUUUUAUAAGCUGCUUUUUUAUUUUAUAUUUGAAUGUUCUUUUUCUUAUAUUCUUGUUUUUAUUUAUAGCUGCAGUAUCAGUUCAUUUUUCAAGUGUAAAGUAAGCACAUUUUCAGUAAUAGUUAUGAAGUAUGCUUUCUUGAGAAUUAGAUGACGCCACUCUCUCAUGAACUAGCUGACGAUUAGCUUAGCUUAGCAUAAAGGUGGAGCAAAUGGAAGCGGGUGAAAGUGGCUAGUAGGGCUACAAGCUAGCAAUUAUUGUCACUGUUGAUUCAUUUAUUUUCUUGAAUAAUCUUUUGGUUUGCUGUAAGAAAGUGUCAGAAAAUGGUGAAAAAUGUCAAUUAGUGUUUCACAACACCAAGAUGGCGUCUUCAAUAGUCUUGUCCAAUCCUUAAAUUUAUUCAUGUUAUUGUCACAGAGGAAGAAAGAAACCACAUUUGUUCACAUUUAAGAAGUUGGAAUUAGUAAAUUUAGACUUUUUCCUUUCAAAAGAAUCACAAAAACUGAUUAAUUGGUUAUGAAAAUAGCUGCCGAUUCAUUUAACAGUUGACAAAUAAUCGAUCAAUUGCAGCUCCACAAGCAAGCGGCUUCGCUAAAGCUUGCUGCUUAUUUUUUAACAUGCAAGUUGUUUAAUCAGUGCAAAAAUAUCAAAGUUGUGCACUUUUCUCAAGACAAAUCAAGCAGACCAUGCUAGCUGUUUCCCCUUGCUUCUAGUGUUUAUGCUAAGAUAAGCUAACUGUAUAAAUGCUUCAUAUUUGCUGUUAGACAAGAGAGUGGUGUUAAAGUUCUUGUCUAACUCUCAACAAGAAAGCAAAUACUUUAAUUUUUCUUUUAAGAAACAAUAAAUUAAAUAUCAGUAGACUUAUUAAAUUCUACUAUCAGUAUCAAGCUAAAAAGUCCAGGAUCGGUCAGGUUUUCUAGUGUUUCUUCUUUUAACUUGAAUCCAUUUGAAGCUAAGCAUUUGUCCAUUGUGAUUUUCCAGUUCCAUAAACUUUGAGUUGCAGUACGACUGGUAGCAGAAUAGUUUUGCACAGAUAUCGACAGGCGCAGUCGAGCCUGCAUCUAUCCUUUAAUGUAACUUCCAACUUUAUUUUUUGGAACGAGCUGAAAAUGAAGUGCUCUCCUCUCUGAAGUGUACAGACGGCGUCAGUAUUCAAUCCUGAGUUUUGCUUCACUGUAAAUAGAAACUUUAUAUAUUCUUUGGUCGUUUUCUUUUCGGUCUCUUUUGUCCGAUGAAAAGGGAAAGAGGACUUGAACUAUUUUUGCACUAAGCUCUGUGGGGAUGUCGAGAGCAGAACAGCAAGACCCUUUAAUCUGAAUCUGUGGCAAAAACAAGUAUUCAACCAUUCCUACGAAGUGAUGACGGUCAAACAUGCAGUAAUUUAUCAUGCAUUUGUGGUUCUGGUUAAUUUCUCAUACAUCAAAGAAAUGAAGUAAACUAAGAUGGAUUGUUUAUUUUCUAUUUGCCAAAACUGUUAUUAUUUUUCAUGGUUUACAGUGUAGGUUAAGUCCCACUGCGGUGAUUUUUUUUUGCUCAGUGGCCCCUCAGAAGUGUCAGUUUACAGGGCAGGAUGGUUUAGCAGUGAAAAAUGUGAGGAUACAAUCAGUGUGCAGAUGUACUCAUCGUCCUCGCUCCAGAACUAGUUCACGUCACACCUCCUGAUCUACUUACAAUAAUACCACAAGGGGCAUGUUAACACUUAAAAAAUAGAAGCAUGUUUUGAUAUACAAGCUUGCCAAGAACAAGACAUUUUGUACAUUUAGCAGGACGCGAUGUCCCACGGCUAGAAAAACCCCAUAAUCCAGUCGACUGCUUGCAAGUUGGAGCCAUUAUUUGAUACUGUGUAUUUAUAUGAAUGGAACGUGCAUGUCGUCUUGGUGUUUAUCAAGAGCCUACGUACUAUGUUUACCUCCACUUUAUGUUUUUAAAUCAUUGUCAAAAUAAUAAAAACAACAAAGGGUGGA